AUGUCAAUGUUCGCUAAUUUUGAUUUUAAUAAACAAACUGUCGUCGUUCCUGAUUCAAAAAGACCCGGACAAACAGGUGUCUACAGAAACUCGUUUAUGCCAGAAAAUUUAAUUGAAAAGCCAUGUCCCGAAGUUAGCACUGUAUUUGAUAGCUUUCAAUACGCUGUUAGUAGACAUGCAAAAAAACCAUGUCUCGGAUAUCGUCCAUUUGAUGAUAAAACAGGAAACUAUGGUGAUUAUGUUUGGGAAACAUAUGAAAAAGUUCUUGAAAGAUUCACCAAUUUUGGAAGUGGAUUAGUUCAUAUUAACGAUACUGUUGUAAAGAAUGGAAAAAAGGAUAGAUACACAGUUGGAGUGUGGUCAAUUAAUAAGCCAGAAUUUCAAUUAAUUAUUCAAGCAAAUGCAGCUUAUAAUUUAAUUACAGUUCCACUUUUUGAUACACUUGGACAUGACAUAAUAGAAUAUUGUACGAAUCAUGCUGAACUUCAAAUUGUUUGUAUGACAGCAAACCAUAUCACAUCAAUGUUAAAACUAGCGUCUAAAAUUCCACAACUUAGAGUUAUAAUUUCAAUUGAUCCAUUAGAAGAUACGGCUGAAUGUGUAAAAGGAUGGGCAUCAGAAUAUAAUAUAAAAAUUUAUGAAUUUUCCGAAGUUGAAACAUUAGGAAAAGAAAAUCCUAGGAAAUAUAAUCCACCAACACCAGAUGAUUUAUUUGUAAUUCCGUAUACAUCAGGAACAACAGGAGCUCCAAAAGGUGUGAUGGUGUCUCAUAAAAAUAUGGUAGCAGUGUUUGCCUCGAUUUCAGUAGCGACACCAAUAAAACCUGGAGAUGUAUAUAUUUCUUAUUUACCUUUAGCUCAUGUAUUUGGUAUAAACGUUGAAGUUUUUUCGAUUUUUUGGGGAUGUCCAGUUGGAUAUUAUAGAGGAGAUAUAUUUGGUAUAUUUGAUGAUAUGAAAGUUUUAAAACCAAAUGUAUUUCCGAGUGUUCCCAGAAUUUUUAAUAGGGUUGCUGCUAUAUUAAAAAGUCAUACUAUUGAAUCAACUGGAAUUAUUGGUGCAUUGUCGAGAAAGGCAAUCAAAGAUAAAACAGAAAAUUUUGAAAAAACUGGAUCUGUAACUCAUCCAAUUUGGGAUAGAAUUCUUUUAAACAAAUUUAGAGAUUUCUUUGGCGGAAGAGUUAAAUAUUUUAGUACUGGAGGUGCACCUCUCGCUAAAGAUGUGAUGGAUUUUCUUAGAGUCGCUUUUUCUGUUUCUUUUCAAGAAGGUUAUGGUCAAACUGAAACUACAGGAUUAGGCUGUGCAACUAUGUUUGGAGAUGCACAACCAUCUCAUGUUGGACCUCCAGUUUGUUCAUCAGAAUUGAAACUUGUUGAUGUUCCAGAAAUGGGAUAUACAAGUGAAGAUAAACCUUUUCCACGAGGUGAAAUAUGUGUUAGAGGUAAAGGUGUUAUGGUUGGAUAUUUUAAAGAUGAAAAGAAAACUAAAGAAACGAUUGAUCAAGAAGGAUGGUUACAUUCUGGUGAUAUUGGCUAUAUUGAUGCUAGAGGUUGUGUAGUUAUAAUUGAUCGUAAAACUAGCAUUUUUAAAUUAUCUCAAGGAGAAUUCAUUGCUCCCGAAAAAAUUGAACAAAUUUACUUAAGAAAUCUAUUGUUAGCACAAUUGUUUGUUUAUGGGGAUCCAUUGAAAUCAUAUCUUGUUGGUAUCGCAGUUCCGAAUCCCGAAUUAUUUGUUCCAUGGGCAAACGAUCUUUUAGGAGAAACAUAUGAGUUUGAAGAACUUGUAAAAAAUAAAGAAGUAUGUGAUGCUCUUUUAGAUAAUCUGAAUCAAGUUGGAAUAAAAUAUGGAUUAAACGGAUUUGAACGUCUUAAGGCUAUUUAUGUCGAACCUAAAGCAUUUACACCUGAAGAUGGAAUUAUAACUGCGACAUUUAAAACAAAACGUCCAGCUAUGACCAAGUUCUAUCGAAAAAUAAUUGAUCAACUUUAUGCUGAUUUUGAUAAAUCCUCACAAACCGUUCGUGCAAAAUUAUAA